AUGAUUUCACUUUUCCUAUCUUUAUCACUUAGUAUUCUUAAGCGCACUGACUUUGAUGAAGCCAUGACUUAUGCUCAUAAACGUGGUAAAGUUUUUGUUUUAGCAAUUGACUCAGAUUCAUACAAUUAUCCCUUAAUUCUUCAUACUUUUACAAAUGUUGCUCACGAUUCUAAUGUUGAUGGACACUUUUUAAUUGUUGAUCUGUAUGAACAAGAUUUAGCUCCAAGCCAAUUUAACGCAAGUGAAUUUCCUUGUUUAUCUUUCUACCAAGACGGUGUUUUCUACAAGAGCCAUCAAGGACACUUCAGCCCAGAGUUCAUCACCGCUUUUGUCAACUCAAACAACUUCUCUCCAAUACCUUAUAUCGCAACUGAAGAUGGUCUCGUCGAAUUUAGGAAAACAGCUGCUCUCGGCUUCAUUGCCGCGGUAGAUGUACCCAGCCAGCACAUUAUUGACUUCAUGAAUACAAUGCAUCGUGAACAUUUCAAUGAAAUUACAGUUGCUUUUGCAAACCCUCAAAUUUUCGAUGAUAUGGGUUUCUAUCUCUACAGAUUUGAAGAUCAGAUGAUGUUUACACUUGGAGAUAUCGAACAUUUCGAUGCAGAGCAAAUUCUUCAAUUAAUUGUCGAUAGAUCAGUCCCAACGACCCACCAUCUUAGCGGAGAUAUUGCUAACUGGUUCUACAACAACAAGCAACCCUACAUUAUCUUGAAUUACGCUUAUGAAGGAUUUUAUAUCAACGAAGUUAGCGCAAGAGAAGCAGAUUACAUCUCCAGCGAAUGCGAAUUGAAUGUUACAUACUCCCAGCAAGGUGUUAACCCUAUUCCUGGCCAGCUUGGCAUUUGGCCUUCCAAAGAACCACAAAUGUGUAUCAUAGACAACUCCCGUAAGUAUUCUAAGCACUACUGCGUCGAUGGCGAACUCAACUCUGCCUCUGCAAUCGACCUUUGCAUACAAUGGAGAACAGGAAAAGCAAAGAAAUUGUAUAAGUCAGAACUUCGCAAAGGAAAGAAGAAAGCUAAGAGCGAAAUUGAGUCUAUUAACGCUUACGAGUUACAAGAUGAGAUUGCAAAGGCUGGAAAAUUAGUUAUCGGAAUUUAUUAUUCUGAUGAUACUUGUUUAAGGCCAUUGAAGCAGAUUUCCAAGGAAAUGGAAGGUCAGCCAAUCAAGUUCGUCCAGUUUUCUCUUGCAGCUAACGAUUGGAGUGGAGAUGAAGAAGUUGACAUAGCUCCACUGCCCCGUCUCGUUAUUUACAAUAGAGGAAAGCUGCUCCUGCAGACACAGCUUGCCAAUGAGACACAAAACACAUACGACCAAAUAACUCACGCGUUCUAUCAAUCGAAACUCGAAGAAGAAGAAAAGAGAGAGAACGAAGAGUUGCUUAAAGAUGACUAA